AUGGGAUCUAGUAGUUCUGUAAAUGCCAACUACAAGUAUUCCCUGCAGAAGUCUGAAAAUGCUUUCAAGGCAGCCGUCCUGAUCCAGCGGUGGUAUCGGCGCUACGUUGCUCGGCUGGAAAUGCGCCGGCGUUGCACCUGGAGAAUCUUCCAGUCCAUUGAGUAUGCCUGCGAGCAGGAUCAGAUCAAGCUUCAUAACUUCUUCAGUUACCUCAUGGACCACUUCACACCAAGCAGCAGUAAAGAGAGGGAUUUCAUCAGUCGCAUGUUCAUAACUGGGGAAAGCUUCAAAGAGGCAGAGCUGGAAAAAUACUGUGACUAUGAAUCAAUGGAGGUGCCAGACUCCUACACUGGACCCCAUCUCUCCUUCCCACUCGUUCCCGACCAUGCGACUGCCUUGCUGGAAGCUUUCAAACAGAAACAACAGCUCCAUGCUCGCUACGUCUUAAACCUGCUGAGUGAGACCAGGAAGCACCUCAAGCAGUUGCCAAACAUCAGUCACGUCUCCACCUGCUAUAGCGAGGAGGUCACCGUGUGCGGAGACUUGCACGGACAGCUGGAUGACUUGUUCCUCAUAUUUUAUAAGAAUGGCCUUCCUUCCCCUUCCAAGUCCUAUGUGUUCAAUGGGGACUUUGUAGACAGAGGCAAACAGUCCCUCGAGAUCCUCAUCAUCCUCUUUACCUUCCUCUUGAUCUAUCCCAAGGAGGUUCAUCUCAACCGCGGGAACCAUGAGGACCACAUGGUCAACUUACGCUAUGGUUUCACCAAGGAAGUAAUGCAGAAAUACAAGGUACAUGGAAAGAAAAUCCUGAAGAUGAUUCAUAAUGUCUUCUGCUGGCUACCCCUUGCCACCCUGAUUGAUCAGAAAGUCCUCAUUAUACACGGAGGCAUCUCUGACACCACUGACCUGGACAUGCUUGAGAAAAUUAAAAGGAACAAAGCUCCCAGCAUGGCCAACAAGCUGGAGUUCUCCAGGUGGGUCCGGCGGACAGUGCAGGAGCAGAUCGAGUGGUGCCGCCGGCUGGCGGACAUCAGUGACUCAGAGGAGGAUGAGCCCACCUACUCCAGCAUGGUCUCCUUGACAGAUCUGGAUGGGCCAUGCUGGACUCGCCAGGAGGAGUGGAAGCAGAUUUUAGACAUUCUCUGGAGUGACCCGAUGCCUCAGGAGGGCUGCACAGUAAAUACAGUGCGAGGUGGUGGCUGCUACUUUGGGCCUGAUGUGACAGGGAAGAUCCUUGAGAAGUACAACCUGCAGUUCCUCAUCCGCUCCCACGAGUGCAAGCAAGAGGGCUACGAGUUCUGUCACAACCGGAAGGUGCUGACCAUAUUUUCAGCCUCUAACUACUAUGAGAUUGGCAGCAACAGGGGAGCCUAUGUGAAGCUGGGACCAGACCUUGUCCCCCAUUUUGUUCAGUACCAGGCGAACAAGACAGCCCAUACUCUCACUAUGACACAAAGAAUCAGCAGAGUAGAGGAGUCAGCCUUUCGAGCCUUGCGGGAAAAGCUCUUUGCUCACACCUCAGCACUCAUCAGCAUGUUCAAGACCUAUGAUAAGGACAAUACAGGAAGGAUCACGCUGAGCAACUGGGCGACAGCAGUGGAGUCAGUCUUGCAGCUGGGGCUGCCCUGGCGCAUGCUGAGGCCGCAGCUGGUGCGCAGCACGGCGGACGGUGCACUGGAGUACAAGGGCUGGCUUGAUGACUUGGCCCUGGAACAGCGGAGCCAAGAGCACAUCCAGUCAAGCUUGCUGGAAGUCAUUUAUCGAAACAGAUCCAACUUGGAGACCAUAUUCAGGAUCAUAGACAAAGAUCAUUCAGGUCUCAUCUCAUUUGAGGAGUUCCACCAAACCUGGAAGCUGUUCAGCUCCCACAUGAACAUUGAACUCACGGACGAUGGCAUCAACGACCUAGUUCGCAGCAUUGAUUUCAACAGGGAUGGAAACAUCGACUUCAAUGAGUUCCUCGAAGCCUUUCGCCUUGUCAGGCAGUCCCAGUAGGGAGAACCUGAGAAGGGCUG